CUUCUAUACGAGCUAAAUAAUUUCUUCCCCAUAUUUUUCCUCUCCUCUCGACGCUUCAUACUCCAGUCCAGUCGGUGGCGGUAAGACACACGCGUUUGUUUGCCGACCACUACCUCAGAGGAAGAAGAUUAGUUUUCGGCAAGAUCUCUGCUGUUUUGUCGCGUUGCUGGCCUAAUACAAACUGCUAGAAAUUUACUCUUAGUGUAUAGAAAGAUACAUUUUAAAUCAGUUCAAUAAAUACCUGUAAUAUUCCCAUCCUCAUAUACGUGACUAAGUUCUGAAUCAAGCAGGAAUAUCCGGAGGAGUAUCAACUGAACUGAGAUCUGCUGCUGUGAAGAUGGUGUUUGUUAAAGAGGAGAGUGAAGAGGACAUGAGUGAACCAGAACCCUGGAGAAUAAAACACGAGGAACAAGGAGGCCUGAUGAAAGUGAAAGAGGAAAGACCAGAUCUGAAUGAAGUGGAGGAGAAACAUCAUCAGAAAGCUCAUGAUGUCACCGCUGGAGAGAAGCCAUUGAGUUGCUCCAAAACUGAAAACAGUUGCUCACAAAGCAGCAUCCAAAUAACAGAAGAGAAAAAGCCUUUCACCUGUUCUCAGUGUGGAAAGAGUUUCAAACAUAAAGAAAGUCUGAAGAAGCACAUGCUAAUUCAUUCUGGAAUAAAGCCUUUCAGCUGUUCUGAGUGUGGAAAGAGUUUCACACAGAAAUCACAUCUUAAUGAGCAUUUGUUUAUUCACAUUUCAGAAAAGCUAUUCACCUGUUCUCAGUGUGGAAAGAGUUUCAAACAUAAAGAAAGUCUGAAGAAGCACAUGCUAAUUCAUGCUGGAAAAAAGCCUUUCAGCUGUUCUCAGUGUGGAAAAAGUUUCACACAAAAAUCACAUCUUAAUGAGCAUUUGUUUAUUCACAUUUCAGAAAAGCCUUUCACCUGUUCUCAGUGUGGAAAGACUUACAAACAUAAAAGAAGCCUUUUGAAUCACAUGUUAAUUCAUGCUGGAGGAAAUAAUACUUUCACGUGCUCUCAGUGUGGAAAGACUUUCUCAUGUGAACGAUACCUUCAAAAGCACAUGUUAAUUCAUGCUGGAAUCAAGCCUUUCACCUGUUCUCAGUGUGGAAACUCUUUCGUGUGUAAAGGAAGCCUGGAGAAGCACAUGCUAAUUCAUGCUGGAAUAAAACAAUUCACCUGUUCUCAGUGUGGAAAGAGUUUCACACAGAGAUCACACCUUAAUGCUCAUUUGGUAACUCACACUUCAGAAAAGCCUUUCACUUGCCCUCAGUGUGGAAAGACUUUUACACGUAAAGGAUACUUAAAGAAUCACAUGUUAAGACAUGCUGGAAUCAAGCCUUUCACCUGUUCUCAGUGUGGAAACUCUUUCGUAUGUAAAGGAAGCCUGAAGAAUCACAUGUUAGUUCAUAAUGAAAUGAAGCCUUUCACCUGCUCUCAGUGUGGAAAGAGUUUCAAAAAGAAAGGACACCUUAAAUAUCAUGUGCUUAUUCACACUUCAGAAAAGCCGUUCACCUGCUCUCAGUGUGGAAAGACUUUUAUACGUAAAGAAAGCCUGAAGAGGCACAUGUUAAAUCAUGCUGGAAUCAAGCCAUUCACCUGCUCUCAGUGUGGAAAGACUUUUAAACGUAAAGAAAGCCUGAAGAAUCACAUGUUAGUUCAUGCUGGAAUAAAGCCUUUCACCUGCUCUCAGUGUGGAAAGAGUUUCACCUGUAAAAAAGCAUUUAAUAUUCAUGUGAGAAUUCACUCUUAAGAGAUGCCUUAUGCAUGUCAUCCGUGUGAGAAGAGACUUAAAUGGAACUGAGGUGUCAUCUGCACGCUCUCACUCUGUUAUAUGUAGGGAUGCAGCGAUUACCGGAUUUCACAAUUAACUGCGAUUUAAAACGUCACGGUUAAUUAAUCGUAAAGACUAUGCUACACCGAGUGUUCCGCACGGGCAACUAAAACAAAACGAAAAAAAGUUGCACCAGCUGAAAGUGCUCAUCAGUCACUAUGGCAGAGGGACUAAGCAGCAACGCUCCAUUUCCACAGAAAAAACGCCUCAAGUCAGCAUUGUUGGAGCAUUUUGCGUACACAAAGAAUAACAAGGGUGUAAUUGAAGAAGACGGAUCGCCUGUCUGCAAAACAUGCCAUAAAAAAAGUUUCCGUUUAUUAUUUUCGUCAACGACAUUUUUUCACAGACAAAAACGAGACGAUAACUAAAUAAAACUAGUUUUGAAUGACAAAAACUAUGAAGAAAAUCUAUUGACAUAUUCGUCAACGAAUAAAAACGCAAAUGUUAGAUAUUGACGAUCUGGGGAGCGAUCCAGUCAGAACUGAUGUCCUGCAUGUGUGAUGCGCACAUUUGUACUGUUGGUCUACCCUGCGGUCCCAUUACAUGUUAAAGGGUUAAUUCACCCAAAAACGAAAUUAAGUC